UCAUGUUGGAACCAGGUCCUGACGCGGUUAAGCUAAAAGUAGCCAUCUGUGUAGCCGGCCAUGUAGCCUUACGACUCCGAAUGGAGUCAGUAUACGGUGGCCACGGUGGGUUCUCUUCUACUGCCGGUCGUCUUGUUCUACCUCAGAACACACUUCUUCUCUGGUGAAAAAUAACCCACCACCUCGUUAAGAGGCAAGUUCAGGAGGCCGGUGGAGCGAGUAGGGUUAGAGUUGACGUUUCUUCGUUUGUUUCAUCGCAUCUUUGGUCGAGCUUCAUUAGCUUCCCGAUUUAAUCGUUUUCUUCCUGUUCCGUUUGAGCUUGCCGGCGACUGAUAGAGGGGAAAUGUCGCAGCCAUGCUGUGGGCCGGUGUUCUGGUUAUACGUAGCUGUCUGCGUGUGUCUGGUUAUGUUUGCGGGGCUCAUGUCAGGGCUAACUCUUGGACUCAUGUCGCUUAGCCUGGUUGACCUUGAGGUUAUCGCUAAGGCCGGGAAGCCUGAGGACAGGAAGAAUGCCAUGAAGAUUCUCCCUGUGGUGAAGAAUCAACAUCUGCUUCUGUGUACACUGCUCAUCGGAAAUUCCCUAGCUAUGGAGGCGCUGCCCAUAUUUCUUAAUUCCUUGGUUCCGGCUUGGGGCGCAAUAUUGUUAUCAGUCACUCUCAUCCUCGCGUUCGGAGAGAUUAUUCCCCAAUCCGUCUGUUCCCGCUAUGGGCUGAGCGUGGGAGCCAGGACGGCUUGGAUUGUGCGGGUGCUUCUGCUCGUUUUCUUUCCAAUAACGUAUCCCAUCAGCAAGGUGCUGGACUGGAUUCUUGGGAAGGGGCAUUAUGCACUCCUCCGAAGGGCAGAGUUAAAAACUUUGGUAGAUAUGCAUGGAAAUGAGGCUGGGAAGGGUGGGGAGUUGACUCAUGACGAAACUACUAUAAUUACUGGAGCAUUGGAUUUGACGCAAAAGACCGCCAAAGAUGCUAUGACACCAAUAUCUGAUACAUUUUCCCUUGACAUAAAUGCCAAGCUUGACAUGCAGACUAUGAGCUUGAUAUUGACUAAAGGACAUAGUCGUGUGCCAAUCUACUCUGGGAACCCUACAAAUAUUAUUGGUCUUAUUUUGGUCAAGAAUUUGAUUACUUGUCGUCCUGAGGAUGAAAUCCCUGUUAAAGAUGUUACUAUCCGAAAAAUUCCUAGGGUUUAUGACGACCUUCCUCUCUAUGACAUUCUAAAUGAAUUUCAGAAAGGUCAUAGCCACAUGGCUGUGGUUGUUAGAUGCAUGAACGCUGAGGCAAGCACAGAAAGAAGAAAGAGUAAUUCAUCUGAGACCAGAAAAGAUCAUAGUAAGAGGCAUGGGCGAGAUGGAUCUCAAUCUGCCCUGUCUGAGCAUAUCACUAUCACUGUAAAUGGUUCUCCUGUGAAUCACAGUAUAACUGAAUCUCGUAGUUCUGCACCGAAAAGUAUUUUGGAGAGACAGGGGGAUACACGCUCACAAUCUAGAAGAUCUGAUCGAGGGAGGUAUGAUAAUAUUCUUGACAUUAAGGCUGAGUCUCUUCCCAGCUAUCGACUUGAUGAGGAAGUUGUGGGCAUCAUAACGAUGGAGGACCUGAUGGAAGAGUUACUACAGGAGGAAAUAUUGGACGAAACUGAUGAGUACGUUGACGUUCAUAACAAGAUCAAGAUAAAUAUGCUGCCACCAAAAGGGUCAUUCUCUCCAAGGUCAUUGGGACCUCAAUCUCUCUCUCAAUUCCUACGACGGAGCCCAAUAGCAUCUCCACUCUCUUGCUAUCAUAGUUCAUCUAACUUACGUUCACCUGAUUCCUUUCAUGUUCAACCUUCUGGGUCAACAGCAACCAUUUCAAGUUCUCUUCUUAGUGCAGUGCAAAGCUUGCCAGAUGAGGGUGAAGGCAUCAAGAGCGGUUCUCCAACUUCUUAUCAAGUCCAAUCAAAACAAUAAGAGAAGCUUCUGAGAAUAAUGUACUAAGUGAUUAUUAUCUAUGGGAGUAAUCCCAUCAUUAUUAGCACACUUUACUUUACUCAUUAUAAGAUAAAUGUAUAAUUUUUUUGUCUUUCCCGUUUAAACCCAAAAAAAAAAAAUUUAGUGCAGCGUUGUAAGUUAUUUAAGCUGUAGCAACAUUUUGAUUGGUAAUUACGAUCUUAUCCAGUAGAAUUUUUUAAUAA